GAAGAAAGAUUACUGUUUGUGCUUUCGCCGUUGUAACUCUAAACCUUCCACCAGAGUAACAUCCCUUCAAUUCAAAAUGGCAGAAAUCAGCACAGACAGAUUGCGCAGAAAAAUAAAAGAUAUUUUAAAGGGAGCCGACCUGUCCACAACGUCGGCGAAAAAAGUGCGUCUCAAGUUGCAAGAACAGUUAGAUGUGGAUUUGUCUGACAGGAAGAAGGAGAUUGAAAAGCUGACGAUGGCACUGACAAUGGAGAUGCAAGAUGAAGGGCAAGAAAGCAGCGAGGAAGAAAAGAAUGGGAAAGGAGACAACUCAAGUAGCAGUGAUGAAGAGGUUGAAAAGGAGCCCCCGAAGAAGAAACCCAAAACAAAAAAGAGCUCAUCAAAGAAGAAAAAGAAAGGAGGAGAGAGUGAUGAUGAUGAUGAGGGUGGAGACCUUGCCCCCCUGGAGAACGAUGAUCUCAAUGUGUACGAUGAGGAACAAAAGACAUUGAAAAUAUCUGACGAAGAGCUUGCUAAGCGUUUACAGUCGUUCGAGGAGACGGGUAGAAGAACAAGGGGACGAACGAGCACGCACAAACCGAAGGAAAAGAAAAAGCGAGAAGGGGGAGGUAACAACACAUACACAAGGCCCUGUAAUCUGUCUGCAGAUCUCGCGGCUCUUAUGGGCACGGACAAGCUUGCAAGGAAUGAAGUUGUCAAAAAGAUGUGGGAGAUUGUCAAAGAGCGCAAGUUACAGGAUCCGAGAGACAAGAGAUUUAUGAUUUGUGACGAGCAGCUGCAGAAAAUCUUUGGUCGUAAGCGGGUCCAGACGUUUGGAAUGAUGAAGUAUCUGUCCAACCACAUCAUGAGCGAGGGCACUUCCAUCGAAUCUGUCAUCACCAACAGUGACAUCUAUGACGACGAGGCUGAUGAUGAUGAUUAAAUGUUGAAACCACGGGUCGCCAGAUAUUCUCAAAUCUGCUUGUAGGGGAACAGUGACAUUGUACCUCACCUGAUUGACCGUAGUGACUGUGGAAAGAUGCGGAAAUAGAAAUCUGAUGUUCUGUUCGCAAGGCCGAGCCAAAAUAUGCUUAUCUGUUUUCUGAAAGCAUACAAUAUAGCUGUUACAGGGUUUCUUUUUGGUUGUCAUGAUUUUUUGAAAACAUUUCAUUUUAAGACUGACAUUGUUGUUUAGUCGUCUUAUAGCAGAAAUACACUUAUCUAAGUGUCUGGCUGUUGACCCUACAUUAAAGAAACAAGCUAGGAUUUAAGUAUCCAAUUAAGUGCAUUGCAAUAUUCCUUCCUUUGGAAGUUCUUGCGGAUAUACAUGUACUGUAAAUAAAACUUUUUAAUCUAUGAUUGUUAUAUAGGGUUUUAGCUAAAGAGCUAUAUGAGGGUGCUGCACCCAGCCCUCCACCACAUGGAGACCAGCCUGUACAUCCUCCUGUCGUUACAGAUUUCAAUGCUUUAAACAGUCAAAUAUUUCAUUUGUUUUGUAUAAAAGCAUAUUAUCAUAUAUGAUUAUAAGUACCGGUAAAUACAAUCUUUAAAUCUGGCAGCUGAACUUUAAAACUACUUAAAUUAAACACAAUUCUAACCUGUUUGUUAAAGUUUAUAAUUUAGGUAUUUAAGUUCUUCAGAGCCCAAUACGAAGUGCCCUUUUCACCUCUAGCACUCUCUCUAUUCUGCAGCACCCUGCUCUUUUUAAAACCUGCUAACACCCUAUUACAUGUUAUCAAAUUUCCCUAUGUUUUUUAGUUAAGACGACUAUAAAUUACUUGCUGGGUUUUCACCCCCACCUGCCCCCUCUUUUUUUUGACGCCCCUUAGAUUUUAUUGACUGAAACAAAAAUGUGUAAAUGGGGUCUUUAUUUGUGUAUUAUUGUGGUACUGUCCAGGAACAGUUUUAUUUAUACCUAUAGUGUCGAUGUAUUACACUCGCAUGUAAAAAAGAAACAGUAUAGCCAGGGAUGUGAUUUGUCAGCGGAAUUCCGGGGAUCUUAUGGCCCCAGGGACCCCCCCCCCCCCCCCAAAAAAAAAAUAAAUAAAAAUAAACAUAUUUUUUUUUUUUUUUUUACCUGAACAAAAUUAUUUGGUUGCUUUCAGUUGUUUAAGUUAAUAUACCAGUUUGCUUCAAAUUUAAAGUCAGGAGAGCCCUCAAAAGAGCUUCCAAAAAGCCAUUUUUUCUUCUACAGCAGUGCGCUGUUGACCCAAAAAGCGCCCCAUAAACUCAUGGCCGAAAAAGUUUCAGCCCUCCAACUGCCAGGUCAAUCACAUCCCUGAAAGUGAUCUAAGAAAAAUAAUAAAAUGUCACCCUACGCCCCCCUUUUAAGAAAAAAUUGGAUGAAAAUCUAGCAAUUAAUUUAUAUUGGCCUUUCAAGAUAACUUGUUUGUUACUAAGAGAUUUUACAUUUGAAACCUUGCUAUAGAUGCAAAGUUUAUAUUGUGCAGUAUAUUUUUGCAAAGCAAUACAGCAUAUAAUGGUUUAUUCUGAAGUGGUAGUUUGCAGGCCAAAAUAUCAGAGAUAAUAAUGCAAUGUCAAGUCUGUAUAAGCAAUUGGUCAUCAAAGUUUGACUUUUUGGCAAGCAAGCCCAAGUUCAUUAUACACAAGUGCUCUCCAGCAAGCCCUCAGCUGAUAUUCAUUAAUUAGUUUAAGUCUUAUCCUAACUUCUAUCAUUUUCUUUAGUGGGUAUCUCACUGGUCAUAUUAUGUAAAAACUUAAUAUCGGAAAAAAAAUUCCAUUCAUUUUUUGGAAAAAUCCAUACUUUUGUAAUAAAAAACACUUUUCUUUUAAUUUGACUCUUGACAAUUUAAGGAAGUUGACUGAAGAUAAGGAAGGACUUACAAUGUUUUACAAACACAUGGGCGGUAUUCAUAAAACUUUUCAAGCCAUUUCCAUAUUGAAGUUAAUUUCCUGAUUUUAGUAUCUCUUUAAUGAAAUAAAAACUCAAGAAUUUCCAAUAUACAUAACUUCAUUGACCUUAUUGAAAAAAAUUAAUUUUAUGUUAAAACACUUAAACAUUUUUUUUUCAAUUUGACUAUGAAAAUUUCAGAAAGCUGACUUAAGUUAAGAAAGUUUCAUGAUUACUGACUCGUAAAUUUCAGACUCUGAGCUUGUAUAAAGUGACAUGAUAUGCACCUUAACAGAUAUAUUAUACAAAAAUGACCAGAGGUUUGAUCUUUCUUUAUGUUUGCUAUAUCAUUUUCAUGUGUAUAAAUGACCAUUUAAUUUUUUGCAUUUAUUUUUUGAGACUUCGUUUUUUACCAGUAUCGUUAUGUCAGUAAAUCAUUCAAGGAAUUAUAUAAUUACGUUUAUAUAUGUACUGGAUAUUGUAUGUAUGAUUUGUGGUAAAUGCAAUGGGUUUUUUCUCUAAAAUGAAAAAAAAUGGUAUGUCAAAUCAAAAGAAAACUUAUGUUCGUAUGCAGAUUUUUUUUAUAGAUCAUACAUACAAACAUACAUAAAAAGUGUUUGAGACCUUCAUAAUAUUAACAUGUCUUUGUUAAUACAAAAUCAACCUUAUAUGAAUAACAAUAAUUUCAUUGAAGACUUGAAGCGCUACAGAAAUCACUAGUCUGUGUAAAUGUGUUCAUUAUAGAUUUGAAAAUAAAAACAUUUUGGUUAUGCUUGGAUGGCAUGAGGGGGGAAGUUCAAUUGCUGAAAUAAAUUCUUAUGGCCUUGUUAAGUUCCACCAAUAAAUUUCAUAAUUGUUUAGCUUACAACAUAUCACAUACCGGUAUUUAACAUUUGAUUAUCCCCAACUCUCAUUCGCGAUACAUAUCCCAGCAGUAUAUCAAUUUGUAUGUAUAUAUUAAAACAUUUAAAUAGCAAAUACAUGAAUGAGAAACACAUUCUUCUUUUGAAAUGAACAUUAAAUAGAAUCUACAAAAAGGCUUAUUUCCCCAUCAGUCCAUACAUUGCUGUUGUAUAUGGUUUUGUUGUCAUUGUACUCUAUUCUUAGAAAAAAGUUUUAGUGUCAUAGAUUGUAGAUUAUGUUUUUGUACACACAUUGUAUCAAUUUAUGGUAGCUAGUUUCAAUGUUUUCACAGAAAAAGAUGCAUUUGUUUUGUGCAGGUGUUGGAUGCAGCAGCGUCUUGCAAACUCUUACAUCGGCCACAUGUUAAAAAUAAUCAAGAUGCUUACACAAAACUUACUAAACUAUAGAGGUUUGUGUGUGCUUGAUUGUCCGAGAAGGACUUGAUUUCAGAAAAUUAAAAAAAGUAAUAAUUAUCAAGUCUAUUUCAUAGAUAAACAGGAAUAUUUGACUGCCUAAAUCAGAUAAAUAGAAUCUUCACUGACCAGCAAACCCUCAUUUCAGAAAUAGAUAUUAUUCCAACUAUUCUGAGAGAAUUUUUUUUUUAAAAAGGAUCAUACAAUAUGUGCAUUGAUUAGAUAAGUCGACAUGAAGGUACGUAGUAAUGUCCUUCAUGUCUUGUGUAGACUAGUUUUCUUUUUUAUAUACAUUGAUUACUCUGUGCUAUAUAUAAUUUAGGGGCCAUACAUUUUGAGUUUUUUGCAAAUUGUUUUAUGUUGUGUUUUGCCAUUUCUUUAAAUUGAUGAUGCUAUUUUAAGUUUAAUUCCCCCGAAGUGGGAUGUUGUUUUGAUAGGAAUCGAACCACAUACAUACCUUGGAGAUACCAUUUCUGUCAUUAUUUAGUUUUAAUUUUACUCAAGUCAAUGUGAUGACUGGAAAUUGAUGUUAUACUUUAUGUCAAUAAAACAUUCAAUAAUU